UGUCAAGGUAUAUUUUGUAUUACUUUAUAGAUAUUCGUUGAGAAUAAUAUGAAGUACGAAUUUAUAUUUCAAUUUGUAACGAAAACUUAAAAAUGAAAAUGAUCUACAAUAUUAUUUUAGUGAUUAUUUCUGCUAAUAUGCUACCAGAGAGCAUAGAAUCGACAGAAUUAACACCUGUUAAGAUGAUGUUCAAUUGUUUAUUUAGCUCUAAUUUGCACGGAUCAGUUAAACGAGACGAUUCUAAUCAAUUCACUGAAGAUUUUAUGGAGAAAUUGAAAAAUUGGGAUGAUUUUAUAAAAGAUAAUAAUAUUACCUCUGUUGAUCUUGGAAAAAGAAUCGGAAUAGACAUUGCAAAUAGCAUUUGCUCACAAGCCCCCGACACUGUGCAAUAUUGUCCCCAAAAGGUUCAGUAUUGUUGUUACUAUUACGUAAAAGAUGCAAGAUAUGAAUUGAUACCGAUCCACAUUAAGCAGAUGGAAAGUAUCCGUAAAAAUCUCAUUGAAUUUAAAAAUAACUGGUAUAAACCACGUGACAAGACAAUAUUAUCAAUUUAAUUUUUAUUUAUUUAUAGUAAAAUAAACAGUAUAUUAUUUUGUUUUAAAAUUAAGUUGAUAUUUAUGUAAAAUCAAACAUGCUUAAAAUAAUGUCAGAAAUAACGUAUCCACAUAGCAAUAAAAUACUUCUAGAACACUGGCGUACGCAAGGGGGGGUUUUGGGGGUUGAAAUUCCAGAAAUUCCAGUAGCAAUUGACAUAAUAUAAUUGUUGUUUGGGAAUGUACAAUUUAGUGUUUGGUUAGGUUUAAAUAAUAUAGCGUCAAAUCAAUUACCUACUCUAUCGGUUGUAUCUUAAUAUACACUUUCAUGAUACUAUAAAUAAAUUAAUUCGCACAUAAACUCAUAUGCAUUUAUAAAAUUGUGUCUAAUGUAAGUAUGACAUGAUAAAAAAACCGUAAAAUGGAAUAAAUGCAAUAUACAUUUUAGUACUCAUAUUAAAUGUAAUGUAACUCGAAAAAUAUUUGUUUAAAUGAAAAAAUAGAAGAUACAUUUUUUGUUUAAAAUUGUCUUUUAAACAACUUUUGUACGAAACUUUUUUUUUAAGUUAAAUAUUUUUUGAAAAAAUUUAAAAAGCUCAUAUAUUUGAACUUUUGUAAGGCUGUAAAAAGAAAACUCAAUUCCAAUCGAUGAGGACUUUUAUACAUAUCUUAUGUCAUUAUACAUAUUUUAAUUAAACUUAAAAAAAAAAAAUUUGGUUGUCAAUUUUUUCUCCCAUUUGCCAAAAUUACUACUCCGUUGACUGGCCUAAUAUGGGCAGUGUCACGUCUAAUUUUCUUUAAAUUAUAAAAACCCCCCAAAUUUAAUUUCUGUGUUGGCCACUGUUCUAGAAUAUUUAUUUUUGAUAUUCAAGUAUUUCUACAAUAUAACCAGAAUAUUUAAAUAUGUUCUCACAAUAUUAAAUUUAGGAAUAUACUUAAGCAGCGAUUAUUACAUUCUCGUUAUACACUAAAAAUAUAUUUCUAAAAUAUUAUAAAAAAAAACAUUUUGAGAAUAAUUUACAGGAUGUUUUAUGAAAAUAAGUAACUCUGAUAUAUUUCUUGAUAUUUACGUAUAGUUAUUAUUUAUAUAAAUCCACACGUGAAAUAGUUUAAUAUAUAGAUAUUUAAUUAAUUAUAAUGUCAGAUUAAUAAAACAAAAAAUAAGGGAUACUUUCGUACAUUUUAGAUAACAUUUUAAUAGUGAAAACAAAAAUCUGAAUUUAUAUUCAGAUAAAUAAUAGAUAUCAUGAUGUUGAUUUGGUGAUGUGUAGGACGAAAAAAGAGAAAAAUAAGCAGAAAAGUGACUAAAAUCGUUUAUUACUCGAAUAAAAGGAAUAGUUCACUGUAGUUCUAACAAUAUUGUACUGAUUAUAUAAACAGAGUUAUUUUUUACCAUAACCCACUCAAUUACAUACAGAAUAAAAGUAAUUUAAACAUUUUGGUUUUAUGGUUACCUUUAGUUAUAUAUUAUUUUUGACUUAUUAGAUAUGUAAUACUUUUUACGUUCAUCCCUCAUGCCUUGUAAGGGUUUCAACAUUGUUUUUUUCAAAUUAGAAAACAUAUUUUGAAUUAAAUAAAAUAUUUGUAUUUUAAUAGUAAAUAGAAUUUGAAUUUUUAACAGAACUUUAUUCGUUUAUUAAAUAUGAAACAUUAAAGUUUCAAAUUUUUGUGUUAACAUCCAUGUAUAAUGACGGAUUUCAAAUACAAGUAGCUAAUUGUAUUUUUAUGACGUCGCUAUUUGCGACGCAAACUAUUUUACGCAGAGUUUGCUGUCAAUUAUGACUUUAUGAACAUAUAUGCUUAAAGUAUGAUAGUAAGGCACGUUGUUGUGUUUAUAAAUACACCAAUUGACAAUACAGAAAUCAUAUUUAAUUAAUGAUGAACUAGAUUGAACGGUUCUUAAAACAGUAUAAAUAAAUAACGCGUUUAUGUAAAAUAGCCUUGCUUGAAAAAGAUCAAUUAAUCUGAUUCAAUUUUAAUAAAUUCGAUUAAAAUUUGAAUUGUCUGGUUCUGUUUAUUUUGGGUUUGGGACAUUUCGCCGUCAGACUCUUGAUGUAUAAAUUUAUUAAUAACCUCUUUUCAAAAAGUUAUAAUUAUUUUAGUCUAAUUCUUUAUUGCACAAGUCCUUAAAAUCCAGUAUAAUGAUAAAAAAAUUAAUUAUUUAUUUAAUGUCACAAAUUAUUUAAAUUUAAUUUUUACUUAAUUUAAUUAUUGUAAAUAAAUGUUAUAAUAAUUAUAAUAUACAUUGUUAUUCUUUUAUUUUAACAAUAAAUACUAUUGAAAUAACUGUA